AUGAUUAUAUUUUCCACUGUUCUCACAGAUUCUCACUUUUUGUGGAUGUUUGCAACGUACAUUGAAGGAGAGAUGCCAUUUUCUGAUUUUAGUGUCACAUUUAUGUUGGAUGACAUCACUGUAGGACACUACAAUUCAGAAAUUUUGAGAUAUGUUCCGAGAGGAAAUACUACAAAUGAAGAUGAUGCUAUUGAUGUACAUCACAUGGGCAUAAUAAGUCGCAUAGUUCAUCAGGUGAUGAAUCAUUGUGAACUGGGGGAUGAUGACAAGCCUGUACAAGUACUCUCUGAGAGUGCUUUUAGAGGCUCUACUUCAGAUGAAAAGAAUGUUUCUGGCAACAUUUUGACAUAUAAUGGCACAGAGCAUGAAAUAAAACCAUAUAUGCUCUCCAUGUGGUGUCAUGAAACCUUAUACUACCCAGACUGCAUAACAGUACUCAAGACUUACCAUAGAAUCAGAAAUAUGCAGAUAAAGAGGAAAGUAACACCUGAAAUCAGACUGAUUCAGAAAGCAAGCACAGAUUCUGGCGGGUCAUGGGUGAAUUGUUUGGCAACAGGACUUUGCCUUCGUCACAUCAACCUGACCCUGUUUAGAGAUGGACAGCCUGUAUCUGAUCAUGAGAUCACUGGAGGAGAUCUGCUGCCCAAUGUUGACGGGACGUACCAGAUGAGGAAGAGUCUGGAGAUCAGUGCAGAGGAACAGAGAGAGAGAACACAGUCUGAACAUCAAACUAAAUAUCAGUUUGGAGCUUUUUUUUUUUUUUUUUUUAACAUGUUUGAUGUUUCAGAAUUUUAUCCAGGUGACCCAUUUCAACCAGUGAUUCCCCCAUUGCUGACAGAUUCGGCAUUAGUGUUGGUGUUUGGGAUUGGAGCUAACAUAUUUAAAUACAGAUGUACAGGUUUGGAACACCACAAACACAAGUGGAGUGAUACAAUCAGUAAAGUGCUGAUGGUGUGAGCUAUCAACACACUUGGAACACCUUUUGUCCAAUCAGAUUCUAGGACCAGAACAAAGUGUUGUGUAAUUAAUAAUAAACACAAUAAAUUGAUUAUUCUAGUGUCUUUCUAG